AUGAUGGGAUCGGAGGAAAUUCAGGUUCACAUAGGUAGGAUCUCGAAUUUCACCGCCACCACCAUCGCUAGGCGAACCGGCACCUCCGCUAUCCAUAGCAGCGGCCAGGGUAGAUGCCAUUUGGUCUCCACGCAUUGUUUGAAAUACGUCACUGACUACCAUACUGUCACCGGUACCGUACUCGUUGUAGUCGGCAACCUGAAUAAGGAAGGUUUAGGCGGUGCCCAACUAGUCCUGGAAAAUGCAUACCGGUGGCGCUGGAGCCAAUUCAGUUGGUGGUGCGUCAACCUCUUCCCCAAUGCAGUAUCCUCUCCGCCGAAGUUCCUGAUCAAGGUGAUAACUGUACUGGUGGAAGCGUUGCCUAAUCUGCCAUUGGUACUGCUUCUCUUCCAUUCGAAGAAUACGGAGGAAGUUGUCCAAUUCGGGAACUUCGAACGCAUCCCACAAGAUGUCACCAGUAUCGUUCUCCUGUAG